CCUCAAUUUUCCCACAUUUUCUCUUCAUCUGCCUACGGUUUCAGAUUUUCCGUUGAAAGAGGAAAAAAAAAAAAGAGUCCACGAAUUUGGGAAAUUUGAAGAGUCAGACUGACAUGAAGAAAUCUGGAAUCCUCGCAGCCUCCAUCUCUGCCGCCGCUUCCGCCACCGCAGUCACCGCCACCGCCGCCACCAACACCUCCGUCUCAUUCUCUUUGUCGGAAUCCAAUCUUUCUCGUCAGGAUUCAAAGGAAAAACAGAGAAAGAAAAAUGGUUCGGAAGAUGAAGGAGAUGAAAAGUUUGCUCCAAGGUUUGAUGGGUUAAGAUUCAUCGAGACGCUUGUUACUGCUCACCGAUAACCUUGCAUUUUCCGAUUUGCAAUAUUUUCUAUUGUUUAGCCAUUUGAUCAACAACAACAAAAUUACUGAUUUUAAAGUUUCCGGUGAUGUCUAAAAAAAAGUUUCGGUUUUUCUAUUUCCACCUCACUAUAGUAGCUUUGGAUUAAAGUGUAACACUUUUGAAACCUUUUAUACACCACCAAAAGGCAUGUAUGUUUUACGAGAUUCAUGUUCUUUUUUUCAUUUUC